AUGGUCGGCUUGCAGACGGCUCAUCAGGCGGCGGCGGCAGCGGCAGCCGCUGCAGCAGCCGCCGCAGCCGCGAUGGUCGGAGGGCACGGAGCGGUGUACGGGUCGGCGGGAGGAAGCAGCAUCACGCAGGUGUCUCAGUCGUCCGCGUCACCCCCUGACUCGGGGUCGGGAUCUUCAGCCGCCGCAUCGGCCGCCACUGCCUCACAGGCGGCUAACGGCGAAGGAGGCCCGUCCCAGCAGCCGCAGCAGCAGCAGCAGCAGCAGCAGGGACAACAGGGACAACAGGGACAGCAGCCGCCACCACAGUCGUCUUCAGUGCCGGCGACAUCGACGUCACCCGCUCCAACGAGCUCAUCGGCGUCGUCCGCUUCGUCGGCACUAGCAGCGCAAAUGUACAUAGACCAUCAGCGCAGUCAGCAGCAGCAGCAAGUGCAGCAGCAACAGCAACAACAGCAGCAGCAGCAGCAGCAAGCUCAGCAGCUUCAUCACCAUCAGCAGCAGCAGCAGCAGCUGGCCCAUGCACAGCAACAGGCUCAGCAGCAGGCUCAGCAGCAUGCUCAGCAGCAGCACGCUCACCAUCAGCAGCAGCUACACACAAGACGACUCCUGCAGGAAUGGACUCUGCAGUUCGGACCAACCGGAACAGCAACUGGUGCACGUUACAUUUAA